CGCAUUGAACGUGCGAUCCGAUCGAGAUUUGACCAGUGAAGGAUAUUUUGCAACUGCCCAGGUCCGCCAGAAGGUAAAUGUAAAUGGUGUAUUGUCAGACGUUGGCCCGAGAUCAAUAUCGGGCUACGGAAGGGUGUAAGCUCGACCGGGACGUCUCCACAUCUGAGACAUCCAUCGGAGCUGCCACCCGGAACCGGGUCCAGAUGGACAGCGCUUGGUCUGCUGUACCAGCAAAGGACGACCAAUAGCACCUUCAUGAAUCUCCACCCAAGUCACCACCCGUGCGAGACAGCGCCGCUCGUUGCGCGACUGUCGAGUCUGUCUGAUUCGACAUGAGCACCAAAGCGAUCGCAGCACGAAAUUCGUGAGCCGACGAUACAGGGCGGCAGUCCAUCAUGGCCUCAUCUAUCGCGCCUGCAACGCCGGACCAGACGCCCCGCAAUGCGCAGACGGGUCUCAACCGAUCCUUCACUCUCCCAACUCGCCUUGCCGCCUCUGCAACGCCUGCAUCUCCUUCCGAAGCUGAGAUUGGUGCCGCUGACGGCAUCGAAACGCUGUAUGUGCAUCCGGCAGCCAAGGUCGUGAAAUUCGCUGCUUCUGCCGGUCGAUCGGGCAGCAGAAAUACCGGGCCAGAUCGUCCCGAGGCGGGCAUCCUGCCUUGGGCGACAUCUACAGAGAGAACAAUUGCAAAUGGACCUCUGGAGAUCUAUCGUGUUCCGGGGUCGGUUUCAUUCAUUCAUUCAGGAUCGCUGCUGCAUGCUGUCAUGCCGCGCAGUCAAUGUUGGUGUGUGGAUGGUAAGAGCAAGUUUGCGAUGAGGGUUGCGCUACCCGACACGUAUUAUCGCAUUGAGUUACCUGGCGAGACGGAAGAGGACAUAGCGAAGGUUGCCGAAUUUGAGGAUAUAUUAAGGAAGGUGUUGUUCUAUGAGCGCACAGCAUGUCCUUUUGCACGAGGGUUCUCUGUAGAUCUACCACCAGAAGAACCAGUUGUGAGACAGAGGAGAAGAAAAAGCCAUGGUCCAGCAAAGAAGUGGAGACUUGCAAGGGCAUACAGUUGGAAACCGGAGGACGGCGAGGAGCCACCCAGCCUGGGCGAUGAGGAGGAUUACACAAGCGAUGUGGAAAGUGAUGGAGAGCCGGCGCAUAGCUAUGAUAGCUCUCUGGAUGAGACGCAAUCGGAUGCUUCCGGUCCCUCAGAGGACGUUAGGGAAUUUGUAAACCGGACUCCAACAAGGCCAUCAGUUCGAGAGAGAAUCGCCGGCCUUACAGCACUGCGUUCCGUCACCUCGCCGCCGCAGUUUGGAGCUCAAAGAACACCUCCAAGAAGGCUGCAAGCUGUCGCCGAAGUCAACGCGUCGCAAAGCGCGCUUGCGACUACAAGCUUUCAAGACAUCCCUACUGCGAUGCCCCCUUCUCCGCCAGAUUCGAGCGCUGGUUUCGAAUCAGCUGUGCCUCUUCAUAGCGAGCACGAAGACCGAGGGCAUGAGACCCUGCCUAAAGAACUUUCACAUAUGAACAGGGACUCGGAUUCUUCACUUGUAGAUCCUGACGGUCAUGACACUGGGCUUGUCAGCUAUGAUAAGGUCGAAGUCGCAGAGCAGCCAAUUGUCCCAGAAACGUCUGGACGCCACAUCUUGGGAGAAUCAACCCAUAAUGAGCCCUCUUCACAGGCUAAUCCGUUGGCUAUCGACAUCGUCGAAACUGAAUCUAAAAGUCCAGUCGCAACGAUCACGACCGAGAAAGCUUUGGUACAAGAUGAUGAUGCAAGCCCGAUGGCAUUGGCGCCGUCUCCUGGCAUCGUCCAGAAGACCGCCAGCAGUGUAUAUCAAACUUCUGAAGACCCCUAUGCGCAAAUUCGAGCCCGAAUCCAGGCUCGGAGAUCGAUCGGGGGCGGAAGCACCGUCAACUCGCCAGCCCGGAUGCUCUCAUCGAUGUCCUCAAGGGCGUCGCUCGUGUCCACAUCAUCUCCUGCCUCACGGCACUCUCAAGCGCAACAGCAGGCUUUGACAUCAGGGUUGAUGCAGAAGGCCGUCACAAAAUUCUUGGGUCCCCCGGCAGCGUUGGUCGCAAUCAUGCUGCGAAUCGCAGAUCGCUUUGCGAACGGGGCCUACGCUGUCGAUUUCGGAUUCUACCGCACCCCGGAAGGUGCCGCUCGUCGUGUUCCUGGAAGCUUCGAUCUUGAAGGGAGCGACGUGGAAGACCUGGGCUUCAACAGCGACGAUACUUGGAAUGCAGGCGACGGAUCGCAGGCCGCGACCCCUGAACCUGGCCCUCUGGCUAUGCCGAUUGAACCACGGCCUCGCGACGGCGUCACAGGAAAUGUUAACGAUCAGGGUUGAACGAAAGUAUCGGAUUUGGUUUUUCCUUCUAUGAAUAUUUGCCUCGAUUCGGUAUGCUUCUGGGCGAAAUUCGGCGUAUAGGGGUUUCAUGGUGGAGGUCAACCCGAGCGAUUCGCAGAAACGAAGACCAUGGCACUCACAUUCCCUAACGUCAUGGUGAGAGCUUCAGGCGUAUCUGGUUAUACUUGAGUAACACGAUUUGUACAAUAUAUUCAUGGUAUCUUUGCAAAUUUCUAGUCGUCUCCAGGUAU